GAUGCUGGAGCUUCAUCGAGCGGCGGGACACUUGCUGUUGAGCUACAGCACGAAACGAUAAAGCCAAUAAAACCCCUUAAAAAAGCUAAAACAACCCCCAGAUCCAACUCGCAUCGGUCCAGUAUGGCUUCAAAAUGCCCCAAGUGUGAGAAAACGGUGUAUUUCGCUGAAAAGGUGUCAUCGCUGGGGAAGGACUGGCACAAACUGUGUCUGAAAUGCGACCGCUGCAACAAGCUCCUGAACGCCGGAGGCCACGCUGAGCACGAUGGACGGCCCUACUGCCACAAGCCAUGUUACGCUGCCCUCUUUGGGCCAAAAGGUGUGAACAUUGGUGGAGCCGGUUCGUAUGUAUACGACGCUCCAGCUAACAACAAUGCGGCCCCCACUGCAGUGGAUUCAGCUGCAAAAGUGGAGGACAAGCGCGUCUGUGCCCCAAAGGUGGCUCCAAAAGCAGCGGGCAGCAUCACCACUUUCUCCGGAGAGGCUAACCUGUGUCCCAGGUGCCACAAGAAGGUGUACUUUGCCGAGAAGGUGACAUCGCUGGGAAAAGACUGGCAUCGACCGUGUCUGCGCUGCGAGAGGUGCAGCAAGACUCUGGCUGCAGGCAGCCACGCAGAGCACGAUGGCCAGCCCUACUGCCACAAGCCCUGCUACGCCGUUCUCUUCGGGCCCAAAGGCGUCAACACCGGUGGUGUGGGCAGCUACAUCUAUGACAAGGAGCCCAGUGCCGUGACCCAGCCCUGAACCUUUGCCUCUCCCAGCCUCACCCCCUUCUUCUCGACACAACGCCCUAAUCCGCAGUAAUAACUGUAGCUUUUUUUGUUGUCCCCCCACCGUCGUCUCCACCUUUCCACUCCUGAGACGGAUAUUCUCCCUCACUUUGCCCUGGAGCUGAGUUAGCAGCGCGAGGAACGUGAUAAACACUGCCUGAAACAUGUGCCACCUUUAGCAUUUUAGGUUUUCACAAAACACAACAAAGCUGUGCAGACUCUCUGAACGUCACGACAAACAUUUGUGAGAGGCUGUAAAUGAUUCAGAGCCGUGCAGGUGGACGCAUUCAACUGCACCUGCUGCAUGCUCGCGUGUGCACCAUGCCUGUCCGUCAGAACUCAAGCAUCUGUUGUAGGAAUUCUUAUCUCGUGUUGCAUUUCUGCUGUUAUUUUCAUCACAUCAUGCCAUGUUUUGUAUAACAUUUAAGAACCAUGGAGAUAUUUGAUCCAAUAUGAAAUUUGGUUUUAGAGGCAGACAGUUUCAGGAAUAAAAAUGUAUUUAUUAAAUUUACAUCAUCUGAUACCCUUUACAGGUCCUAAAGGAAAGUUUAAAAAAAGCCAGUUUCAGUUCUAAAAACUAAAAAAAAAAUCCUUUUUUAUUAUUGAUAAUUUCAUACAAGUAAUCCUGCUGGUUUUUUCCCAAGAGAUGCUAUUUGAAGUAUUAUAUAUAUAUUUUUUGCUACUAGCAGCUAGCGUAGUUAAGCUUGUAGAACUGAAGACAAGUCAUUCUGUAAGAAUGUGCAUUUUGGUUGUUUUGUUGGAGCGAUUUCUUGUUAGUUUUAGACUCGGCAGGGCUUGUUGUUUGUAGACUUGAACCGCUGCACUCCGGCCCCGCCGCUUCGUCUGUUUUCAUUUUGUGAGUAAACGUUUCUGAGAUCGGUGUGACUGCAGGAAGAUGGAUUCUGAAAUCCUCGUCUUCGUCCACUGCAAUAAACAAACACUUCAUGUGGUGCCA